UCACUGAAUUCCAUGCGUGUCAUGACAGAGGCCUCUGAUGUGAGCGUCCGUGUGUCACAUUGUCUUCAUCCUGGAGCUUCCUCAGAUAUCUUCCUACCAGGCAGGGAAGGAAGGACGGAACACGUCCUUGGCCAGGAACACAUCAGGAUAUCCUCAUAAAAAAGCACCCCGGGCCCUUUCUGCGCUGACAAGAUUCCACAAGUGUUCUGCCUGUAAUUGAAGCUCCUGCUACAGCUUAUUUAAAGAGGAGCUACUUAGACUCCCAGAGGAGAGCGAGUUUAGCAUCUAUGACUUACAGGUAAUAAUUUCACGACUCACCAAGCGUGCACUGUGGACGGCAGGAAGUUGGACCCCCGGAGCAGGUCGGAUUACAGUUUCAAAAUGAUCCAACUCAACUUGCUCGAUGACAAACGUUUCUUUCCCACCUUCAUCACCACAUUGACCCUCCUCUGCUCAGUCCGAGCCCUACCGAGGACGGACCCUCCGCUCCAUAAGGGCCAUCCCUUCAUGCUCCUCUGGAACGCCCCGACCGAGCUCUGCCGCAUCCACUUCAACAUGCCGCUCGACCUCUCCUACUUCCACCUGGUCAGCAGCACGCUGAAGACGGCGACCAACCAGAGCAUCUCCAUAUUCUACACCGAUCGCUUCGGACUAUUCCCCUACGUGGACGAAGACACCGGCGAGAUGUACGAAGAGGGCCUGCCGCAGCUGAUUGACCUGCAGGAGCACCACGACCACGCCGAGGACGACAUCGAGCACUACAUCCCCGGUGAUCAGCGAGGCCUCGCUGUGCUGGACUUCGAGGAGUGGAGGCCGCAGUGGGUCCGGAACUGGGGCAGCAAGGACAUAUACAGACAGAUUUCCAUCGAGACGGUCCAGAAGAAGAACGCGUCGCUGACAGAAGACGAAGCGGAGGACCGGGCGAAGAUCGUGUUCGAACGCGGCGCCAAGAGGUACUUCCUCCGGUCCAUCCGCCUCGGCAAGGCGCUGAGGCCCAACCGGCUCUGGGGCUACUACCUUUACCCCGACUGCUACAACUACGACUACAACAAGGACAUGGCGGGCUUCACCGGAGAGUGCCCCGCCAUCGAGAAGGAAAGGAACAACGAACUGAUGUGGCUCUGGAAAGAGUCCACGGCGCUCUUUCCCUCCAUCUACCUGGAGCUGUUGCUCAGGGACUCUCGUCAGGCCAGGCAGUUUGUCCGGCAUCGCAUCCAGGAGGCCAUGAGGGUGUCGACACUCCCCAACAGCUCCUACUCCAUCCCCAUCUACGCCUACAUCCGCCCCGUCUACAAGGACAGCACCGACGACUACAUGUCAGAGUUUGAUCUUGUGAACACCAUCGGAGAAGCUGCGGCUCUCGGCGCCGCCGGCGUCGUUUCCUGGGGAGACAUGAACGUCACGGAAACAGAGGACUCAUGCUUUGAUGCUCGACGCCACCUAGAGCAGGUCAUGAACCCGUACGCCCUGAACGUCUCCACGGCAACGCGACUCUGCAGCCAGGCGCUCUGCCAGGGCCGGGGUCGCUGUGUGAGGAAGCGCUGGGACGAAGACGUCUUCCUCCACCUCGACCCGCGGCGUUACCGCAUCGAGCAAAAGCGCAGCGGAGGCCCGCUGACCGUGAAUGGCGGCCUCUCGCAGGAAGACGUCAACUGGUUCGACCGCAGCUUCGACUGCAUGUGCUACGGCGAGGAGCCAUGUCGAUCGGUCCUGACGUUCAACGUCAUCCACAGGGCCGUCAUCACCACGGGGAAUGGAGGCGCUCACAGGCCACGCCCCCUGCUGCUGGUGUCGAUAGUGCUCAGUCUGAAGUAUGUCGUGAUGAGGAUAUAAGUUAAUUGGCACAAACUUGAUACUUGUGAUUCAGGAGGUGUGUUUGUCGGCACGUAAAUUAUUCCAGACUAUUCCACUGUUUUUAACCGCCUGUUUGUUUGUUAUUUCUGACUGUUUUGUAACCUGCCUUUACAUUAAAGAUUAUUUGAGUUUCA